GACAAAUGCGGUUACAAAGAAUUUACAGUGGGUGCAUGGGAGGACUUACCUGACCAACCGGGAGUGCGAAAACGGGACUUAACGUUUAUUACUCCGUUGGCAAAGAAUAGUUUUGGCCCUACGGAAGCCCCAGUCGAGAUGGAGCAGUAUCUACUGGUUGAGUGA